AUGCCUGGUACACAAUCUGAGUUCCCUAUUGACCUCAAGCAGUACAAAAAAAUUUCACUCGACCCGAGUAAACCUCAGCUGACUGAUGACCAGAGGGCAACGUUGAAAGCCAACAUUCAACUUUUGAGAGACGUUAUUGUUCUCUUCACCGCGACUGGUGCUGCACGAGGGGUCAGUGGGCAUACUGGCGGUGCUUAUGACACAGUACCAGAAGUAUGCAUCCUUCUCUCCUUGAUUGAGGGCUCCCCCGAGAAAUACAAGGACAUCCUAUUUGACGAGGCUGGCGAGUUCUCGCUAGGUCACCGUGUGGCAACACAAUACCUCCUUGCCGCUCUUGAAGGAUCUCUUCCUGCAGAGCAUCUGCUUCAUUAUCGUGAAGCCAACUCUAAGCUUCCUGGACACCCAGAAUUGGGCCUCACACCGGGUGUAAAGUUUUCUUCCGGACGUCUCGGUCAUAUUUGGCCCCUUGUCAACGGUAUCGCGAUGGCUAACCGUGAAAAAACCGUCUUCUGUCUUGGAUCUGAUGGUUCGCAACAGGAAGGUAACGACGCUGAGGCCGCGCGUCUUGCUGUCGCUCAAAACCUCAACAUCAAACUCUUCAUCGAUGAUAAUGACGUUACAAUUGCCGGACAUCCAUCGGAAUAUCUUAAGGGCUUCGAGGUAGGCAAAACUCUUGAGGGACACGGUCUCAAAGUUGUUACCGUCGAUGGCGAAGACAUUGAUGCUCUCUGGGGUGGUAUUGCUUCAAUCGUAAGCUAUUCUGGCCCUGCCGCUGUGAUAUCCAAGCGAAAGAUGGCUCCCGGAAUAGCAGAGAUUGAAGGCAGUCCCCAUGGUCAUGAUGUCAUACCCGUGAAGGCGGCUAUCAAAUAUCUUGAAGGCCGAGGAUAUCCUAACUUUGGAGAGAUCCUGCUCAACAUCAAGCCGGUUCCUCAGCCUUACCUUUAUAUCGGCUGCACCAAAGAGGUUGGCGCGAACCGUGUCGUGUUUGGUGAAGCUGUCAAUGGUGUUCUGGACAGACUUGGAAAAGAGGAGGCUGCUAAGAAGGUCAUGGUUAUUGACAGUGAUUUGGAGGGUUCAACUGGCCUCAAGGUUAUCCACCAGAAACAUCCCGAAGUUUUUGUACCAUCCGGUAUCAUGGAACGUGGAAACUUCUCCGCCGCCGCUGGCUUCGGAUUUGACGCUGACAAGUUCGGUGUAUUCUCGACCUUUUCUGCAUUUCUUGAAAUGUUAGUUUCUGAAAUCACCAUGGCGCGUUUGAACAACUGUAACGUUUUAAGCCACUUCUCGCAUGCUGGUGUCGACGAGAUGGCUGACAACACCUGUCAUUUCGGUAUCAACAACAUGUUCGCAGACAAUGGUCUUUCCGACGUCGAGUCCUUCCUUUAUUUCCCUGCGGACGCUCUCCAGAUGACGGCCGUGAUCGAAUGUGUGUUCUUUGAACGCGGUCUCCGCUUCGUGUUUUCCACUCGAUCUAAGGUUCCAUACAUCCUCAAACCUGACAGUGAGACCAAAUUCUUCGGCGACGACUACAAGUUUGUUCCUGGCAAAGACGAAAUCAUAGUUGAUGGGAAAGCGGGAUAUGUUGUCUCGUUCGGAGACAUGCUUCACAGGUCAUACGACGCUGUUCUCCGCUGCCGACAGACAGGCUUGGAUGUUGGGUUGAUUAACAAACCAACGUUGAAUAUCGUCGAUGAGCAGAUGAUAAUGAAAAUCGGUCAAAGCCCGUUCGUCCUUGUUGUUGAGUCCUUUAAUCAGAAGACUGGACUUGGCUCAAGAUACGGCACGUGGCUGCUUGAGCGUCAACUCACGCCCAAAUUUGGAUACAUGGGAACUACUAAAGAAGGGUCCGGCGGCCUCUGGGAACAGAUUCCUCACCAGAACCUUGACCCCCAAGCUAUCAUUGUCAAGAUCAAGGCUUUAGCUCAGGCUGCUGCUGUCUCCCAUUAA